AUGAUGGAGCAAUUACCAACCAUGAACAAGACACAGCUCGAAGCCAAGCUUGCUGAGGGCAACUACGUCUUAAUGUUCUCUGCUGAAUGGUGCGGAGACUGCAAGUUCAUCAAGCCACACAUGCCAGCAAUCAUGGAAGAAUUCAAGCAGUUCAAGUUCUAUCUUAUCGAACGUGACUCCAACAUUGACUUAUACCAGGAGCUUGAUGUCUUAGGCAUCCCAAGUUUCCUCGUCUACAAGGAUGGCAAGGAAGUCGGCCGCUUCGUCUCCAGAGAUCGCAAGACAAAGGAGGAAGUCUGCAACUUCAUCAAGAAGUACAUCUAA